UGGGGUCAUGAAGCAGGAAAUUUGGGGACUGGGGACAAAGUUUGUGGAGAGCUGCAACAUAAAGCACCAGGGAAUUUGGCUGGUGUCAGCUGUCGGUUGGAGCAGAGGGAGUUUGCGUUGGGCCACAUCAGUAAGCACCAGCAAAUUCGGCAGAAGGGGGCGGCUGGCGGUUGGCUGCCUCAGAACGUGUUGCUAUUGCCUGCCCGCCUGCCACACUUGCCAGCGGAGAAAUGGAGAUUGAAGGACAGCUGGACAAUAACAGAUCGACACAGACACAUUGAGACACACCAAAAAGACGAGAGCGAGCGAGCGAUCGCCAGCGAGCUGGAGAAGGAGAGCCAACCCUAGCCAACACCAUGACCGAGACCACCAAGACCCACGUUAUCCUGCUGGCCUGCGGCAGCUUCAACCCGAUCACCAAGGGCCACAUUCAGAUGUUCGAAAGAGCCCGGGAUUAUCUGCAUAAGACGGGAAGGUUCAUUGUAAUUGGUGGAAUUGUCUCGCCAGUACAUGACUCCUAUGGGAAGCAGGGCCUGGUCUCCAGCCGACACCGCCUGACAAUGUGCCAGCUGGCUGUUCAGACCUCUGAUUGGAUCAGGGUGGACCCCUGGGAAUGUUAUCAGGAUACUUGGCAGACCACCUGCAGUGUACUGGAACACCAUCGGGAUUUGAUGAAACGAGUGACUGGCUGCAUCCUCUCCAAUGUGAACACACCUUCCCUGACCCCAGUGAUUGGACAGCCUCAGAAUGAGUCCCCACAGCCUAUCUAUCAGAACAGCAACCUUUCCAACAAGCCCACUGCAGCAAAGUUUUUGGGGAAGGUGGGAGAAAGCCUUAGCAGGAUUUGCUGCGUUCGCCCACCCAUGGAGCGUUUCACCUUUGUGGAUGAAAAUGCAAAUUUGGGUACAGUAAUGAGAUAUGAAGAGAUUGAGCUCCGAAUCUUGCUGCUCUGUGGAAGUGACUUGCUGGAGUCCUUCUGUAUCCCAGGCCUAUGGAACGAAGCCGACAUGGAGGUGAUAGUUGGGGAUUUUGGCAUUGUUGUCGUGCCACGAGACGGUGUUGACACAGACCGGAUUAUGAACCAUUCCUCAGUACUCCGCAAGUACAAAAACAAUAUUCUGGUUGUGAAAGAUGAUGUGAAUCACCCCAUGGCCAUUGUCAGUUCAACCAAAAGCAGACUGGCUCUUCAGCAUGGUGAUGGACAUGUUGUGGAUUACCUGUCUCAGCCAGUCAUCGACUACAUCCUCAAGAGUCAGCUGUACCUGAAUGCCUCUGGUUAAACCUCCCUGGGCAUUGCAACAAGGCAACGCUAUUAUUCUACUUUCCUAUGGUUGUUCAUCUCUCUAUUUCACACAAUUUCUUUUCUUUCUUUCUCACUGCCUCUUGCGUGCAUCUGCCUGUUUCACUCUGAUUCCGCUGCUGCUUCCUGCACAGUGCAGGGAAGUGCAGCAUACAGCCAACCAAACACUUAUUGGCAAUCUCCCCCUUACCACCCCCACCCCCCAGUAGUUAGGAGGGAAGAUGGAAAAGAGUAACAGCUGCCACGUGCCUAAGCCGGGCAGCUUUGGUGUCUACCUUCCCAGCAUGCAUUAGGGAAAGUAGCAUAUCCACCUUCCCAGCAUGCCUUGGGAGCCAGGAAGGAGGUUCUCUUUUUUUUCUCCCCUCUCUCAUAAUGUGUCAGCUAAAUAAAUCUCUGUGAGUCUUUUUAUUUUUAGUAAUAGUCCUUUUCCUUUUUUAAAAAUUAUUGUGAUAUGUUUAAAUUAGAAUGUGGUUGGCAAAAGACUAUUCUAACCUACUUAGUACAGAGCCCAGAAUUGUUUAGGUCGGUUGUAGAAGAAUUUAGCCUCGAAGUCUGUUUUGUUUUGUUUUGUUUUAAAUUCCAAAUUCUUGAUACUGUUUUCUGGAGCAAAAAUGAUUUGCUGGAGAAGCAGCAGAAGGAAAAUAGAAAGCAGCCUUGUCUCAUAUGUAGCUGAUUCUACUUGUAAAUAAUAUUUGUUUCCAGGGGAGAGAGGUUUGGAGGGGCGUUUUCUGUAGUCCUUCAACCCCUUCUUAAAAGGGAACACUCCUCUUGAGUGGGUUGGGGAGGAUAGCCACAAAGCUCACCUCUCUUGGGGUGGAUGCAACCCAUCUCAUUUAUCCGGUUUCCCUGUUUCAUCUGACUUUGAACUGGCUAACCCCCCUCUCCGUGGCUUAAAGCCUCCCAUCCACCCCCACCACAUAAGCAAGGAGUUUCAUAGCUUGCUGUGUCUACUGUACUCUUGCUAGUUUUGCUAGCUCAGGCCCGCCUGCAUCAGUUCACAGCUGUCUUUUGCUGUCAACAUACACAUGUCCUCCUUGUGGGGACCUUUACUUACUUCCACACUCAGGUCAUGGGGGUGUUUUUCCACAUGCCCAGAAAGGUUGCAUGAGAGGAAGUUUCUGCUUAAGUUUAUCCUUAGCAAGAAAGAGACCGGAUUCAUGGUUUUUCCCACAGGUAAUUGCAAAAAAACCAACCAACCAACAAACAAAAAACCAGCAGCUGCACUAGUGCGGCAGUCUAGCUGACUGUGAACAUGUAGCCAGGCAAGAAACCAGGGGUUCUUGGGGACCAUCUAUGGUGGCAAAUAGCAACAUAGGCAAAACUGUCUCCAGCUUUUGCUUAGGAUUGUAAGGUAAACAUUUGCAACUGUUGUAACAGACGGAUGCUGGUUCUUGUACAUGAGCAACACGGUGCGAAGGCCUUUAGGCCUCUGCCAGCUCAGAGGACUCCAGAAAUACCUUUGAGGUCGAAGGCCCAGAGAAGAAGAAAUGUACUAAAAUAAAGUUUGAAAUCUAGAAGAAGAAAUGCUCUAUAGUUCAGCAAUAGUUUGUCACAAACCAAGAGUUGUAAUGUCUUGCUGGACCCAGCUACAUGAGGGUUGGGGAACAAAGGAGCUGUUAUUUAUGCUACCAGCAAAAUUACGGCCCUACCCAAUGUUCCUAUUCCCUUAGAGAAACCAGUGCAGCACAAAGCUUUGCACCAAAGCUUUCAUAGAUGAGAAGAAGGAGAGGAGAGAGAUGUGGCUAAUUGCUAAUGUAGGGCUCUAUUUCAUUUCCUAUAUAGCUGCAAAAGAAGAGGUAAGUUAACAAGCAUCUGAGGUCUUCUGGGGUCCUUGCUUUCAGGUUAAGCAAAGAGCCAAACUACCUGCACAGAUAGUUGUCCUGAAUCUGUACUGCUUGAGAAUGUAGCCAGAGGAGUUGCAUGUUUGAAUACUAGAACAAAAACCUCACUGCAUGUAGUAGUUAGCAGAUCAGGGAGAAGACUUCUUCUCUAGCCCAGGGUUAGUUUUCUACAUGCAGGGGAAGAUGAGGUAUUCAAGCACAUAAUCUUCUACUUACGUGCUAAACUGGUACAGGCAUACAGUUGGAGGAAUGUUCCAUGUGGUUUCUGCAGGUGUAACCUGGCUAUUACUGUGUGGAGUGAAAGUAGAACUUCAGCAAUGAACUGUGGUGUUCGCACCUGGAGGGAGCCUUUAGGGAGCCUUACUAUGACUUAAGUAUUCUUGUUGUCCAAUGAGGAGCUAAGGCAUUUUCCAUCAGGAUAAGCACUUAGAAACCAGAGACGAUUGCGUGCGGGGGGUGGGGCACACGGACAGGGAUGGCUCUCUGAAACUUCUGCCACCACCUGGCAUUGUAGGGCACACACAAAAUGUUUGGUACCCUCAGACACCCACUGCUGUCAUAGGCAGAUGUACAAAAGAGACAGUCUCUUUGAGACUUUUUUUCUACUCACAGGAAGCUUAGAUAUCUUACAUGGCCCUAGAUAAAUAGCUCUCUCGCUGUCCUGUUGUGCACAUCAACUUCUGUUCUCCAAAGCACUUUCUUGUUCUCAUGACUCUGUUAAUCAAAAGCAGCUACAGCCUCUUACUGGAAUCCACUUUCCAUCACAAAACCAAACUGCAGAACACAGAGCCAACAAUGUAUUCAAUGGUGAUUGGAAAAGUAGUACAGCUGUCUGAGAGAGAAACCGUCACAGUGGCCAUCUAAAGGGGUUAAAGGGCAGUUCUGUGGUGGAAACGUACGAGGAUGACGACAAAAGAAUGGACCCGCCAUACUCUUGAACAAAAGCUGGAUUAUCAGGCCACUUUCCAACUUCAUCCAGUGUAGGACAGCAUGCCUUAGGAACAUAGCAUUGUGGUACAGAUGAUGUAUAUAAUGUCUUACUAGUCUUAUCUUUGCCUUCAUAUGCUCAGUUGCUCUUAUGGUUGGGAGGGGAGGGGGGACAAAGUUGUAGGGUGCGGGGUGAUGCGUUUGGAAAGCGUUGGAAGUUGGAGUAAGCAACAAACUCUGACCAGUACAUCAAGGGGGUGGGUUUUUGCUGCACAGGGUGGGUGGGGGGAGGCUACUGUUAGUUUUCCAUCACUGAAUUCUCAAUUUUAAACUGUAGAACUUGCUUUAUUUUAAAAAAAGUUUCAAAAGGGAAAAAAAAAGAAUUGAAAAUGCCAGUUUCGCACUAAUGGAAUAUGCUGGAGUCAGGUCAUGGUUGGUAAAAUGGUAAUGAACAAAACAAAUGCAAAACGUUUAAAAUAAUUGGCAAAUGAUGUAAUAAAAAUUAUGCUACUGAGAA